AUGUCACAAACUUUGAACUUGGAGUUUGUUCGAGAUCCGAACCUUGUACAUUCCUCAUCUUGCAAUCUACCAUCACCGACCAGAACCCUGAAGAUCCCUUCCUGCUCUCCCCAGAACACCCAUAACAUAUUGCAAGAUCAACAUACUCGGAGACCAGGACCGAACACCCAGAAUACCGACCAUCAAACCUUGAAAAUCACCUCAGAAAACUCUCCCUCCAACCUUGAAAAUCAACCCCUCAAACCUUAUCCAUCUUACCUCUCAACCUGGUUACUCACUUCCCUGCUUCCCUGCCUACCCCUCACAGAACUCACAGGACCCCCAGGAGUCGUUUUUUUAUUGCUGGAUUGUUGUGGAUUGUCCGUGUCGUUCGGAUCAUUCGGAGCAUCGCCGGACCCUCGGAGGACCCCUCGCGCCCUCGGAUUUGCCUCGGAACGCUUGGAAUCUGCUCCGGAACGUUCCUACUCGCUUCAGGAACCCUCCUAG